CAAAGAGCCUAUUAUGCAAGUGGCACUGGUGGAAUUCAGAUGUGUGUGGGAACUAAAAGAUGAAGGUCUUACUGUGCGUGUGUUUCAUCUUAUUUUUUACUGAAGAGGCAACUGGACAGACGCAAGACCCUGUCUGUCUGAAUAUUGGUGACUUCGAUCCAUGUUUGAACAAUGAGCUGUGUGAUCCGACAAGUAGCAGAUGUAGCUGUUUCGAGGGACAGCCAUUCUGUCGGUGCAACAGUAAAGAAGGUGAGUUUUACAUUGAUGAAAACUGUUCUCAGAGAUGGACAGUAGUGACCUUUGCCCUGGUGGCAUCUCUGCCUGGCCUCACACUUGCUGUGUUGGUGGGGGUGAUUGUUUAUAUGGUGAUGCUGCAAUCAAAGAAGAGCCACACAGGUGAAGAAAUGAAGACACCCUUCCCUGGAAUGAAUUUAGCUUCUGAUAUGAAUGGUCAACCUCCCCCUAACAUGAGACCUGUACAACAAAAUCCCAUUCCCAUGACAGCCAUGUCCAACCCGCCCUAUAGCAUGUACAAUGGUAUGCGUGAUCCUCCAAUGGGAGGUCCUGUACAGCCCUACAGCAAUGGAGCAGGGCGGGGUCAGAUUGUUAGGAACCCUUAUGCAAGAGAUUCACCCAGCCGAAAUCCCUAUGAAGACCACAGCCCUUCUGCAGAGCACAACCAUUACAGGCCACACGCCCCUUCACACACACAUGAAGACCUGACACAGAAUCGGCCCUAUUCUCCUGCUCCACUCUACAGUUCCUCUGAGCAUGGAAACCUCCGCAAUGGAUUUCCACGACCCCAAUUAAACCUACAAUUAUAGAACUAUUUUUUAUUUACAUCUAAUCAUUAUUGGAUCUGAUCAAUUUUGUCAUUAUUUGUCGAGUUCAAUUGUAAUUUGUGGCUCUUUUUAUAUUAAUCAUUUAAUCAUUUAGCAGAAGCUUUUAUCCAAAGUGACUAACAAAUGAGGAAUACAACUAACGAUUUAUCUCAAGUUUCAAACAUCAUCCAGAAUAGAACAUGCUGGAACAGGUUAAGAAACAGUGAAAGCACAGCAGUGUAUUUAUUGUCUAAUGAAAUAAAAAUUAAAAAAAGCUUACAAGUGUU